GAGAGCAGCGCAGUGAUGAGAGCCGGUAUGAAAGAGCAGCGGCGCACCGGGGGAUAACACUGAUAACACCGAACACACACACUGAUCACGGAGGACUGAGCACAGUUCAAUGCACAUCCCGACUACGUGCACAGAAGGAACACCCUAACGAUAGUAAGAGUGAACCAGCAGUUUGGGUCAGAGCCUGCAGCGCGGUGCAGAGUGCAGGCAGAGUUAUGGGCGGUGGAGAACACCAGGGCAAGCAGCUGGGGUCAGGAGAGAGCGGCUCAUGCGCGCAGUACACCUGGGAAGAAGUGCAGAAACACGAUCGCACGGGCGAUCAGUGGCUGGUGAUCGAGAGGAAAGUGUACAAUGUGAGUGAGUGGACAAAGAGACAUCCCGGAGGACACAGAGUUCUUGAGCAUUACGCUGGAGAAGACGCAACGGACGCAUUUACGGCCUUCCAUCCGGAUCGGCGAUUCGUGCGGAAGUUCAUGAAGCCACUGCUGCUGGGAGAGUUGGCGCCCUCAGAGCCCAGUCAAGACCAUGGCAAAAAUGCUUCUUUAGUUGAAGAUUUCCAGGCCUUGCGUAAGCAGUUGGAGGCACAGGGUUUAUUCCGCACCAGUCCAUUGUUUUUUAUCCUAUAUCUUGGCCACAUUCUGCUGUUGGAGGCCUUGCCUUUGGUACUGCUGUGGAAAUUUGGCGAUGGCUGGAUUAUUACAAUUCUAACUGCUGUCCUACUGGCCACUGCACAGGCACAGGCUGGCUGGCUUCAGCAUGACCUUGGCCACCUGUCCGUCUUCAAAAAUUCCACCUGGGAUCACCUAGCACACAAAUUUGUCAUUGGACACCUGAAGGGGGCCUCUGCAAACUGGUGGAACCAUCAACAUUUUCAGCACCAUUCUAAGCCCAAUGUGCUCAGUAAGGACCCUGACCUCAACACACUGGAAAUACUGGUACUGGGGAACAUCCAGCCUGUCGAGUAUGGGAUUAAAAAGUUGAAGCACAUGCCCUAUAAUCAUCAGAACAAGUACUUCUUUUUGAUUGGCCCUCCCCUGCUCAUACCAGUGUUCUUUAGUGUGCACAUUUUUCGAACUCUGUGCUUGAAACGGGAUUGGGUGGAUUUUGUGUGGUAUCUGUCCUACUAUACACGUUUCUUCUCGUGUUAUAUUCCCUAUUAUGGAUUGCUGGGAGCAGUAUUGCUUCAGACUUUUGUAAGGUUUCUAGAGAGUCACUGGUAUGUGUGGGUGACCCAGAUGAACCACAUUCCCAUGGACAUUGACUAUGAAAAACAUGAUGACUGGCUCAGCAUGCAGUUGAAAGCUACUUGUAAUGUUGAGCAGUCGUCCUUCAAUGAUUGGUUCACUGGCCACCUCAACUUCCAGAUUGAGCACCAUGUCUUCCCUACAAUGCCUCGCCAUAACUAUGUUCGUGUGGCUCCUCUACUUCGAGAGCUUUGUGAGAAGUAUGGAGUUCAGUAUCAGGUCAAAGGCCUGUGUGAGGCUAUGUCUGACAUUAUUGGGUCUUUGAGGAAGUCUGGUGAGCUGUGGCUAGAUGCCUACCUCCACAAAUGAGUCGCCCAUUCGUCCUUCAAUAACUGUUUAAAACUGUGUCUACAGUGUAAUCACCAUUCAACAAAUGACAUAGGACAUCUGCCGUUAGUUCACUUUUUUAAUAUUCUCAUUAUCUCAUUGUCCUAUAUGCUGGAAAUGAUGUGUUAUUAUGGUGCUUUAGUUGUAAAGUUCUCUCAAACCACAUACCUCAUCUGUACAAGAAUAACUUUUACCUUUCCAUGCUGCUGGUAACAUCAGACACAAAUAAAUUGUAAUGUUUUUAAUGAUUAUUAAAUCUUAUAUUUAAAAAAAUAACAAAAUGUUUUAAUGAUUAUAUGAUGAUGAAAUGAUAGUGAUUAAUAUCAUUUGAAUUGCUUUGAAUGACUUUUUACACUUUGAAUUACUGAAUAAAUCUUAAGCUGCUCCUGCGCGUCUUCAA